AGGGCCCCCGAAAAUCAUUUUCGUUCUUCCAAUAAAACUUAGUAUGUUGGUAACAGUGUACAGGUGACGGGACGGCGAUGUGUCACUCCUAUUUGUCAAAAUUACAAAUAAUUAAUUAAGGGAUAAAUUCAGUGUUAAAUUAUUUCAAAGGGUGAUUUCUUGUGCCACAACCCCGUUGAAGUGUUUCUGUGUUAAUUCGUGAUAUUUUAAAUUGACUUGUUAGAAAACUGUCCCCUGAGAACAUAUGUGAAAGUCCAGUUUUCGCCCCCAUUACAUGUUUAAUCUCUCUGUGUAAAAAUUCAAGAAUGCGAUGCUCCCUAGAAGACGCCGCGCUGGCUCCGAAACAGAGCCUUUAGUUGUUGUUCCUAGCGAUAAUCACUGGACGAAAGAAUCUAACCUCAAUUACAUAAACAGUGCAUAUCCUAACAAUGUGUCUCAGGAUUAUUACUUAGAAGACGAGUUUCCAACCGAGGAGUACGUUGAACCAGAACCAGUUAUGGCGGCAAGAGAUAGGACUAGCGAAUUUAUCAAUACCAUACAAACUUUACAAGGGAGGAGUAUUCAAAGAGCUGUGGCUGUUAGGGACCCCAAAAAGUCCAAAGCCAUUCAAAUACACUCCGAGUUUAUGUUAAUUGCGAAGAAUAUUGGCCGGAACAUUGCUAGCACGUAUACCAAACUUGAGAAAUUAACUCUUUUGGCGAAACGAAAAUCCCUUUUUGACGACCGCACCGCCGAAAUCCAGGAACUCACUUACAUCAUCAAGGGUGAUUUGAGCUCCCUCAACCAGCAAAUUGCCCAGUUACAAGAUGUGUCCAAAAAACACAAGAACUACACCACUGGCAAACACCUCCAGUCCCAUUCCAGUAGUGUUGUUUUGGCCUUACAAUCAAAGUUGGCGACAAUGUCGACCGAUUUUAAGCAAAUUCUCGAAGUCCGGACAGAGAACCUCAAGCACCAGAAAAGUCGGCGAGAGCAGUUUUCGCAGGGAGGACUCCCUCCGCCUCCUGUGCCCUCCUCGAGUCAAGGGAGUUUGCUACUUCAAGAACAGGACCAAGUUAGUAUCAACGUAGAGGGUUCGGCGAUGGUGCCCCAAAGGACUCAAAUGCAAGCCGCGCUGAUGUAUGACGAGACGGACCAGUAUUUGCAAAGUCGCGCGGAGACGAUGCAGAAUAUCGAGUCGACGAUUGUGGAAUUGGGGGGGAUUUUCCAGCAGUUGGCACAUAUGGUGAAGGAACAGGAGGAGAUGGUGGAGAGGAUAGACACGAAUGUGCAAGACGCCGAGUUGAAUAUCGAGGCUGCUCAUGCCCAAAUUUUGAAAUAUUUCCAAUCGGUGACAUCGAACAGAUGGCUCAUGAUAAAAAUUUUCGGGGUUUUGAUUUUCUUUUUUAUAUUUUUUGUCGUUUUCCUGGCGUAAUAUCCGGUGGGACUAUUUUAUAUCGUUAUUAGAUAGGUAAAAGCAAGUGAUAUUGUUAUGUAAAAAUUAUCAGAGACAAUAUAUUAUAAAUAAAACAGAUGAUACAA